UUUUCAUACUUUGAUUUAAGGUAGCACGUCUAUAUAAGACGUUGUUUAUGCAUCACUAUCUCUCUUGUGUAUUUCUGGUUGUACAUAAAGAUUUGUGUUGAUUUCCAAAUACGCUAUAUUAAUUUAUAUUAUUAAAAAUGAGUAUACUCGCAUACAAUGGUGGAGCAAUAAUAGCUAUGAAAGGAAAAAAUUGUGUGGCAAUAGCUGCAGAUCGUAGAUUUGGUAUUCAAGCCCAAACUGUGACUUGUGACUUUCAAAAAUUAUACGAAAUGGGACCACAUUUAUAUGUUGGACUUCCAGGUCUUAGUACCGAUAGCCAAACAGUAAUGGAGAGAUUACGUUUUCGUUUGAAUUUAUAUGAAUUAAAAGAAAAUAGAAAAAUUCAUCCUAAAACUUUUGCUGCAAUGAUAUCAAACCUUUUAUAUGAAAGAAGGUUCGGUCCGUACUUUAUAGAACCAGUUGUUGCUGGUUUGGAUCCUGUUACAUUUGAACCAUUUAUUUGUAACAUGGAUCUGAUAGGUGAUUUGAAUAUACCAGAUGAUUUUGUAGUUGGUGGAACAUGUACAGAACAAUUAUAUGGUAUGUGUGAAUCAUUAUAUGAGCCAAAUUUGGAAGCUGAUGACCUUUUCGAAACUAUUAGUCAAGCUUUGGUAAAUGCAUGUGAUAGAGAUGCAAUAUCUGGUUGGGGUGCUAUUGUCCAUAUCAUUGAAAAAAAUAAAGUUACAACAAGAACAGUUAAGACACGUAUGGAUUAAAAUAUUUUUCUAUCAUUAUUUUAUGUCAAAAUCAACACAGAAUUCUUAUAAUUAUUGUUAUCAGUUAAGCUAUGCAAGUGAUUGGCAAAAAAUAAUUUUCAAUAAACUGCUACUGAAAUAAAUACUA